GCUCUGAACUACAAUACCCAUAAUUCCGUCCGCUCGUCAACAGCAACAGCUAGGAUGUUGCGAUAACGGUGGAAGCCAAAGAUUGCUGUGGUUGCAGAGAUUAUACCGCUGGGCUGAAACCUCUGUCUACUGUUUUGGUAGAUGUCAGAGUCUGUGAUUACAUAUUCGCAGCUAUAACUGCGACAGGCGGAGUCUUCAGUCUACUGUCGAUUCGACGCUUGUUUGUGUUGAUGAGAGGCUUCAUCGCGCUAAUGCGUUAGCCAACUAAAAUCAUAGUUUUUUUUUAUUUAUUUAUUGUAAAUGGAAGCAAUUAAAUAGCGACACGGUCAGCUAGCUAUGUGGCAACAAACGGUCGCUCCACUUGGCUGAGGAUGGAAAUAUUUUUGCUGGCAACGCUGUCAGACAAGUUACACGUCGGUUACAUCGCACCCGAAGACAUUAUCUUCAGAGGAUAACCUGGAUAACCUUAACGUACACGAAAUGUCAUAGCGCGUAAGUAGCUAGCAUUGAGCUAGCCUAAAAAUGGCUGGACGAGAUGGAGAUGGACCGAAUGUUAUCGCCGUCAGCAGCAGCCGACCGUGAACAGCUGGAUUGAUAGCUAAAGAAAUACUUUCUCCGGAGAUGCUUUAGCCUCCUGGGUGGUGUAAUUCACUUACAUAACAGUUAGUCGCAACGGCUCUAGCUAUCACCAACUGUCUUGAUCUGGCAAGCAAAUGGGAAAUUUGCCACCAGAAACCUGAGUUCUCACAAUAUUAUAUAUCAUAAAGGCAUCACUACAGGCUCCACAUAGACUCGUUAGGGUUACAGUCUGAGCUGCUUUAUUAUCUAUAUCACUGCAAUAAUUGUGCAUACAAGGACCUACAGCUCAUCUGAAGCCGCAAAUACCCCUGUCAUUUUGACACUAUGAGGAAGUUCUUUGAUUCCCGUCGGGAGUUAGUCAGCUCCGGGCCUGGUUCUGGAGGAGGAGGGAGCAGCUCGGGGUCCAGCCACGCAGGCGGCAAUUUCAUUGGACGAGCCUUUACUGUCGGGCGACACCAAGUCACUGUUGAAGAGAUAAUUGCUGAAGGUGGCUUUGCAAUCGUGUUCCUCGUGAAGACAAACCAAGGGGUUCGUUGUGCUCUGAAGAGGAUGUACGUCAACAACGAACACGAUCUCCAGGUCUGCAAGCGCGAGAUUCAAAUAAUGAAAGAUCUAGUUGGUCACAAGAAUAUUGUUGGUUAUCUGGACUCCAGUAUCACAGCUAUGGGAUCGAGGGACGUAUGGGAGGUGCUUAUACUAAUGGAUUACUGCAAAGGAGGUCAGGUGGUCAAUUUGAUGAAUCAGAGGCUGCAGACUGGUUUCACUGAAGCUGAGGUGCUGCAGAUCUUCUGUGACACCUGUGACGCUGUUUCUCGUUUGCACCAACGCAAGACGCCUAUCAUCCACAGAGACCUUAAGGUGGAGAACAUCCUCCUGCACGAUAAGGGUCAUUAUGUGCUGUGCGACUUUGGUAGCGCCACUGACAAGUUCCAGAGCCCUCAGACCGAAGGAGUGGCUGCUGUGGAGGAAGAGAUCAAAAAGUAUACCACCUUAUCAUAUCGUGCUCCAGAAAUGGUGAACCUCUACAACAAUAAGAUCAUCACCACGAAGGCAGACAUCUGGGCACUGGGCUGUUUGCUGUACAAGCUGUGCUUCUUCACUUUGCCCUUUGGUGAAAGCCAGGUGGCCAUCUGUGAUGGCAGUUUCACUAUUCCAGAUAAUUCCCGUUACUCUUAUGAUCUUCACUGCCUCAUUCGGUACACGCUGGAGCCAGAUCCAGACAAGAGACCAGAUAUCUACCAGGUGUCCUAUUUUGCUUUCAAACUAGCUCAGCGGACGUGCCCUGUUCAAAAUGUGAAGAAUUCUCCGAUUCCUUCCAAACUUCCUGAGCCAGUCAAAGCUAGCGAGGCUGCGGCAGCAAAGAAGAGCCAGGCUAAGCCCAGACUGACAGAUCCAAUUCCCACCACUGAAACCUCCAUCACCCCUCGCCAGAGGCCCAAAGCAGUCCACACCCAGCCUGCUGCUGGCAUCUUACCCAUCCAGCCUGCUGCUCUGACCCCUCGCAAGCGGGCUAAUCUCCCUGUUGGUGCAGCACAGCCUGUGGGAGUCAGUUUAGAUCUCUCUCAGCCAGCUGCAGCUCUUCAGUCACAGAAGGCUCAGGCUUCAGCUCUGCCUCUCAUUCAGUCACAAAAUAAUUCAAAUCAGACUGCAGCUCUACAGAAGCAGGCUGUGCAGCCAGCUCCAGCUGCAGAGACAGCAGCACCAGCAGCAGUGGCAUCACCGGUGACCAAAGCUGACAUCCAACCACAAGCACAGCCAACAGUACAGCAACAGACUACACCCACCUCUGUUGUGAGCUCAGCCUCCCAACAAGGAGCACAGACCCCAUCCAGCCCAGCCCCGCCUCAGCGCCCAGCUCGUCGUAAGCAGGCCAGCCUGGCUCAACAGCCAGAGGCGCAGCCUUCCCCCAGCAAGCCUGCAGUAUCUCAGCAGCAGAUAACUCAACCGUCAGCUACCCAGGCUCAGCCUGGCGCUACUGAGAGCAGCCAAAAACCAGCUGAGACAACCCCACCUGCUACUCCAAAGACAACUGAAGAACUAAACCACCAACGCACACCGAGUGACGCCACAGCUCCUGCUGUUUCUGCAGUUCCAGAGAGCGACUCCUCACAGCAGCCACAGGGAGCUAAUGAAGAAGCAGCUCUCAAUCAAUCACUUCCGUCUCAGCCAAAUCUUAGUGAUGCAGUACAGGACCAAAGUAAAAAUGUUCCUGCUUCUGGUGCCACCACAAACACCCCUACACAGCCAGCGUGGAACCCCUUUGAUGAUGACAACUUCUCCAAUCUCACUGCUGAGGAGUUUACAAGUGAUGCCAAAAAGGCUAAUGACCUAACCCCAGAUACUGAAACAACUGCUUCAGAAGAGUUGAUACCAGGCCUUCAGGCCUCAGCUGUUGAUACCACCCCACAGGAAACUGAUCCUCUCACGGCAGACGACUCUCUCCUGGGCUGCUCUCUGAUCUCUGCUCCAUCUGCCCCCCUGGCAGCAAGCAGUGCAACUUCCUCUGUGUCUUCUGCUCCCACUUCUGCUGCCUCUGCUUUGGAUGAUUUCAGCCUGUUGUCUGGAGACUCCACACAGCCUAAAGCAGACUCGUCUCUCCUGAUCUCAGACUUUGAGUCCCAGCAACCCAGCGCAGAGGCUGGUACAGAGGAUGAGUUUGACCCUAUUCCCGUCACAGGCCGAAAGAAUUCCCAAGACCUGCAGAGGGAGCCGAACAGCAAUGAGCUGCGAGCCGCCUGGACAGCAGCUUCUGUGCAGCUCGCAGAGGAAAAACAAAAGCUGAGAGUCCAGCAGAGGACUGCAUCAUGUGUCUAUGAUAAACACAUGUUGCUGACAGAUGAAUGGUACAGUCAACACCAUACCAGACAAACUCCUCGCACCAGUCUUCAUUUCACACUAUUAGACCAAGAAUCCCAAUUCCAGCCUCCAGACAGCCAGUUUACCUCUGAUGUCUUCCAGCUGGCCCCUUUUAAGACUCCAGCAAAAGAAACUAAGGUGGCGUCUCAUAAACCUGUUGAGGUGUCUGAUGUUUUCCUCCAGGCCCCGUUUGGAAAGAGGCAGGAAACCACCAAAGAAGUUCCUAUCAACACUUGUGUAUUUAAGUCUGGUGCACAGCAAAUCCAAGCCAGCAAACCGCGUCAUUCAGCUAGAACGCCAUUUUCUCACGUUUUUCAGAGUAGACGAGCGGCUCCAGAGACGCCUUUGCUUCAGCAGCCGGUGGCCGUGCACCGGGUCGUCUCCAGGAUCGGUCAGCAAGCCGCCGUAGGCUCAGUAGCUGUGGGGCCGUUACAUUCCUGGACCAUAGGGGGUAGAGCUCUCGAUGACCCGUUUACCGCUGCACCAUUUCAACCAAGAUGUUCUCAGGAGAAACCCUGAUUAUAUAAUCAUCUUUAAAAAAAACAAAAAAACAAUUAGGAGCUUUUUUUUUUUUUUGCAAGUAAUGAAGAAGCCAACAUAUAGUUCAGUGGCAGUAUUACUUAAAUCUCUGGUGUAAUUUUACUUUUGAGAUUAUUGUUGGCUAUUUAAAAUAAUUGAAGUAAUCCUUAAACCAGUUCAUGUUAAAACUUGAUGUUCUACCUCAGCCAUGAGAUCCGUCUUCAGUCUGAGAACCGCAGUGCAUCACAUCAGCACUUUACAAAUAGUUUGAGCUUUGGCUAAAAUGGUCAUCGUUCAUGGAUCUGUCACUGACAAAAGUUAAUUUAAGUUUUUUAAGGAAAUCCCUCCAUGUGUCACAUUUUGAAAGGAAAGAAAAUCAUGAGCAUUCUAACAUUAUAGAAAACACAAAUAACUUCGAUCUAAUACAGUACGUGCUGUAAUUGUGAGUAGUUGUGUUUAUAAUGUUGUUGCGGUUUCCUCCUUAGUUCACAUUUAGAAUACAGAUUGUGCCUUUGUUUUCCAAAAUGACUCAAACAAACUGACUUAGUGUUCCCACUGACACCAAAUCUUUUGCUAUAAACCAAAGAAAUUCUACAAAACUAAAUAUUUCUUCAUAUUUGCUACUUUCAAAGAACCGAGUUAAAGCAUUGUAGAUUUACUAAACCUGCAGCUGUACGUUAUUCAGAAUAAAGUUCCCAAAGAAUGAA